AGCCAAAUGGAUACGAGAAGGAGAAGGAAAAAAAAAGAACUCACACACCAAUCUCCGAGGGGAUGCCAGUGAGGUGUGGCUUGUAUUUAAAUAUCCAAUAUGUCAAUGUAAGGGGAGUGGGUACGUAUAUAAAGUGCCGUUUGCAUCCGAUAUCUCGACGAAGCCAGCUAUGAGAGGCCCAGGGAGAUGGAUGCGGAGGGGAAGCGGCACUUUGACUGAAAGCAAGGUCAGGAGCGCGCUGCCCCACGCUCCCCGCGGCUGAAAAGUUCCUUGGACGCGAACAGACGUCGACUGCAACUCGGCAGAGCGCGGAGCGAGGGAGCGAGCGAGCCAGCCAGCCAGCGCCCGCGAAUCGCUCACGCCCGCUGCGGGGAGAGGCAGUUCGCGCCCCGCCGCCCCGGCUCGGCCCCGCGCGCCCCGCCAUGGCGGAGGUAGGGGGGGUCUUCGCUUCCUUGGACUGGGAUCUGCACGGUUUCUCCUCGUCUCUGGGGAACGUGCCUUUAGCUGACUCCCCAGGUUUCCUGAACGAGCGCCUGGGCCAGAUCGAGGGGAAGCUGCAACGCGGCUCGCCCACAGACUUCGCCCACUUGAAGGGGAUCCUGCGGCGCCGCCAGCUGUACUGUCGCACCGGCUUCCACCUGGAGAUCUUCCCCAACGGCACGGUGCACGGCACCCGCCACGACCACAGCCGCUUCGGCAUCCUGGAGUUUAUCAGCCUGGCCGUGGGGCUGAUCAGCAUCCGGGGCGUGGACUCUGGCCUAUACUUAGGGAUGAACGAGCGAGGAGAGCUGUAUGGGUCGAAGAAACUCACACGUGAAUGUGUUUUCCGGGAACAGUUUGAAGAAAACUGGUACAACACCUAUGCCUCCACCUUGUACAAACACUCGGACUCGGAGAGACAGUAUUAUGUGGCCCUGAAUAAAGACGGCUCACCCCGGGAGGGAUACAGGACUAAACGACACCAGAAAUUCACUCACUUUUUACCCAGGCCAGUAGAUCCUUCUAAGUUGCCCUCCAUGUCCAGAGAUCUCUUCCGCUAUAGGUAA